AUGGCGGACACCCUCUUGAUUAGUACCUUGCUGUGGGCUGGUGUCCACUGUCUGGCCUCCAGGAGUCAGCCCACCUUCAGAAGCAUAGCAAGAUCCUGUACUUGGGUGGGCGUGAGCGGCUCUGAGACCUCGGAGGCCCUGAGCCGAGACCCUGAGACACUUGUGGGCUACAGCAUGGUGGGCUGCCAGCGAGCCAUGAUGGCCAACCGGCUCUCCUUCUUCUUUGACUUCAGAGGGCCCAGCAUCGCCCUGGACAUGGCCUGCUCCUCCAGCCUGAUGGCCCUGCAGAACGCCUACCAGGCCAUCCACAGCGGGCAGUGCCCUGCCACCAUCGUGGGGGGCAUCAACAUCCUGUUGAAGCCCAACACCUCCGUGCAGUUCUUGAGGCUGGGGAUGCUCAGACCCGAGGGCACCUGCAAGGCCUUCGACGCAGCGGGGAACGGGUACUGCCGCUCGGAGGGUGUGGUGGCCGUCCUGCUGACCAAGAAGUCCCUGGCCUGGCGGGUGUAUGCCACCAUCCUGAACGCCGGCACCAAUACAGAUGGCUUCAAGGAGCAAGGUGUGACCUUCCCUUCAGGGAAUAUCCAGGAGCAGCUCAUCCGUUUGUUGUACCAGUCAGCCGGAAGCCCUGAGUCAUUUGAGUACAUCGAAGCCCACGGCACAGGCACCAAGGUGGGCGACCCCCAGGAGCUGAAUGGCAUCACCCGAGCCCUCACCACCCGCCAGGAGCCGCUGCUCAUUGGCUCCACCAAGUCCAACAUGGGGCACCCGGAGCCAGUCUCGGGGCUGGCAGCCCUGGCCAAGGUGUUGCUGUCCCUGGAGCACGGGCUCUGGGCCCCCAACCUGCACUUCCACAGCCCCAGCGCUGAGAUCCCAGUGCUGUUGGAUGGGCGGCUGCAAGUGGUGGCCCAGCCCCUGCCCGUCUGUGGCGGCAACGUCGGCAUCAAUUCCUUUGGCUUCGGGGACUCCAAAGUGCACGUCUUCCUGAGGCCCAACACGCAGCCGCCCCCGGCACCCGCCCCACAUGCCACCCUGCCCCGUCUGCUGCGGGCCAGCGGACGCACCCCCGAGGCCAUGCAGAAGCUGCUGGAGCAGGGCCUCCAGCACAGCCAGGACUUGGCUUUCCUGAGCAUGCUGAACGACAUCGCAGCGGUCCCCACCACCGCCAUGCCCUUCCAUGGCUAUGCCGUGCUGGGUGGUGAGUGCGGUGGCCCAGAGGUGCAGCAGGUGCCCGCUGGCGAGCGCCCGCUCUGGUUCAUCUGCUCUGGGAUGGGCACACAGUGGUGCAGGAUGGGGCUGAGCCUCAUGCACCUGGACUGCUUCCGAGAUUCCAUCCUGCGCUCCGAUGAGGCUGUGAAGCCGUUCGGCCUGAAGGUGUCACAGCUGCUGCUGAUAGACGAGAGCACCUUUGAUGACAUCAUCCAUGCCUUCGUGAGCCUGACCGCCAUCCAGAUAGGCCUCAUAGACCCAGGCUGCCUGUCCCAGGAGGAGGCCGUCCUCGCUGCCUACUGGAGGGGACAGUGCAUCAAAGAAGCCCAUCUCCUGCCGGGCGCCAUGGCAGCCGUGGGCUUGUCCUGGGAGGAGUGUAAACAGUGCUGCCCCCCGGGCGUGGUGCCCGCCUGCCACAACUCCAAGGACACAGUCACCAUCUCGGGACCUCAGGCCCUGGUGUUUGAGUUCGUGGAGCAGCUGAGGAAGGAGGGUGUGUUUGCCAAGGAGGUGCGGACCGGCGGUAUGGCCUUCCACUCCUUCAUGGAGGCCAUCGCACCCCCACUGCUGCAGGCGCUCAAGAAGGUGAUCCGGGAGCCGAAGCCACGUUCAGCCCGCUGGCUCAGCACCUCUAUCCCUGAGGCCCAGUGGCACAGCAGCCUGGCACGCACGUCCUCCGCCGAGUACAACGUCAACAACCUGGUGAGCCCUGUGCUGUUCCAGGAGGCCCUGUGGCACGUGCCUGAGCACGCAGUGGUGCUGGAGAUCCCGCCCCAUGCCCUGCUGCAGGCUGUCCUGAAGCGUGGCCUGAAGCUGAGCUGCACCAUCAUCCCCCUGAUGAAGAAGGAUCACAGGGACAACCUGGAGUUCUUCCUUGCCGGCAUCGGCAGGCUAAACCUCUCAGGCAUCGACGCCAACCCCAAUGCCUUGUUCCCGCCUGUGGAGUUUCCAGCUCCCCGAGGAACCCCCCUCAUCUCUCCACUCAUCAAGUGGGACCACAGCCUGGCCUGGGAUGUGCCGGCCGCCGAGGACUUCCCCAAUGGCUCUGGUUCCCCCUCAGCCGCCGUCUACAACAUCGACACCAGCUCCGAGUCUCCUGACCGCUACCUGGUGGACCACACCCUCGACGGUCCCAUCAUCUUCCCCGCCACUGGCUACCCGAGCAUAGUGUGGAAGAUGCUGGCCCACGCCCUGGGCCUGGCCAUCUAGCAGCUGCCCGUGGUGUUUGAGGACGUGGUGCUGCACCAGGCCACCAUCCUGCCCAAGACUGGGACCGUGUCUCUGGAGGUACGGCUCCUGGAGGCCUCCCGCGCCUUUGAGGUGUCAGAGAACGGCAACCUGAUAGUGAGUGGGAAGGUGUACCAGUGGGAUGACCCUGACCCCAGGCUCUUCGACCACCCGGAAAGCCCCACCCCCAACCCCGCGGAGCCCCUCUUCCUGGCCCAGGCUGAAGUUUACAGGGAGCUGCGCCUGCGCGGCCACAGCUACAGCCCUCACUGCCAGGGCACCCUGGAGGCCAGCCUGGAAGGUGACUCGGGGAGGCUGCUGUGGAAGGAUAACUGGGUGAGCUUCAUGGACACCAUGCUGCAGAUGUCCAUCCUGGGCUCGGCCAAGCAUGGCCUGCACCUGCCCACCCGCAUCACCACCGUCCACAUUGACCCUGCCACUCACAGGCAGAAACUGUACACGCUGCAGGACAAGGCCCAAGUGGCUGACGUGGUGGUGAGCAGGUGGCUGAGUGUCACAGUGGCCGGAGGCGUCCACAUCUCCCGGCUCCACACUGAGUUGGCCCUGCGGCGGCAGCAGGAGCAGCAGGUGCCCAUCCUAGAGAAGUUUUGCUUCACUCCCCACAUGGAAGAGGGGUGCCUGUCUGAGCGCGCUGCCCUGCAGGAGGAGCUGCAACUGUGCAACGGACUGGCACAGGCACUGCAGACCAAGGUGACCCAGCAGAGGCUGAAGAUGGCGGUGCCCGGACUGGAUGGGGCCCGGGUCCCCCAGGACCCCUCACAGCAGGAACUGCCCCGGCUGUUGUGGGCUGCAUGAAGGCUUCAGCUCAACGGGAACCUGCAGCUGGAGCUGGCGCAGGUGCUGGCCCAGGAGAGGCCCAAGCUGCCAGAGGACCCUCUGCUCAGCGGCCUCCUGGACUCCCUGGCACUCAAGGCCUGCCUGGACACUGCCUUGGAGAACAUGCCCAGCCCGAAGAUGAAGGUGGUGGAGGUGCUGGCUGGCCACGGUCACCUGUAUUCCCGCAUCCCAGGCCUGCUCAGCCCCCAUCCCCUGCUGCAGCUGAGCUACACGGCCACCGACUGCCACCCCCAGGCCCUGGAGGCUGCCCAGGCCGAGCUGCAGCAGCAUGACGUUGCCCAGGGCCAGUGGGACCCCGUAGACCCUGCCCCCAGUGCCCUGGGCAGUGCUGACCUCCUGGUGUGCAACUGUGCUGUGGCUGCCCUCAGGGACCUGGCCUCAGCUCUCAGCAACAUGGUGGCUGCCCUGAGAGGAGGGGGCUUCCUGCUACUGCACACACUGCUCUGGGGGCACCCCCUCGGGGACACCAUGGCCUUCCUCACCUCCACUGAGCCGCAAUACAGCCAGGGCAUCCUGAGCCAGGACGCGUGGGACAGCCUCUUCUCCAGGGUGUCGCUGCGCCUGGUGGGCCUGAAGAAGUCCAUCUACGGCUCCACACUCAUCCUGUUGCGGCCUGCCCCGCAGGACAGCCCCAUCUUCCUGCCCGUGGAGGACACCAGCUUCCGCUUAGUGGAGUCUCUGAAGGGCAUCCUGGCUGACAAAGACUCCUCCCGGCCUGUGUGGCUGAAGGCCAUCAACUGUGCCACCUCGGGCGUGGUGGGCUUGGUGAACUGUCUCCGCCAAGAGCCCGGCGGGCACCGCCUUUGGUGUGUGCUGCUCUCCAACCUUAGCAGCACCUCCCGCGUCCAGGAGGUGGACCCGGGCUCCGCCGAACUGCAGAAGGUGUUGCAGGGAGACCUGGUGAUGAACGUCUACCGCGACGGGGCCUGGGGGGCCUUCCGCCACUUCCUGCUGGAGGAGGACAAGCCUGAGGAGCCGACGGCAUACGCCUUUGUGACCACCCUCACCUGGGGGGACCUGUCCUCCAUCUGCUGGGUCUGCUCCUCGCUGCGCCAUGCCCAGCCCACCCGCCCUGACCAGCUCUGCACAGUCUACUAUGCCUCCCUCAACUUCCACGACAUCAUGCUGGCCACUGGCAAGCUGUCCCCUGAUGCCAUCCCAGGGAAGUGGACCUCCCAGGACAGCCUGCUAGGCAUGGAGUUCUCGGGCCGAGACGCCAGCGGCAAGAGUGUGAUGGGACUGGUGCCUGCCGAGGGCCUGGCCACCUCUGUCCUGCUGUCACCGGACUUUCUCUGGGAUGUGCCCUCCAACUGGACCCCGGAGGAGGUGGCCUCAGUGCCUGUCGUCUGCAGCACGGCCUACUACGCACUGGUGGUGCGCGGGCGGGUGCGGCCCGGGGAGACGGUGCUCAUCCACUCGGGCUCCGGCGGCGUGGGCCAGGCCACCAUCGCCCUCAGUCUGGGCUGCCGCGUCUUCACCACCGUGGGGUCGGCUGAGAAGUGGGCGUACCUUCAGGCCAGGUUCCCCCAGCUCGACAGCACCAGCUUCGCCAACUCCCGGGACACGUCCUUCGUGCAGCAUGUGCUGUGGCACACGGGCGGGAAGGGCGUUGACCUGUUCUUGAACUCUUUGGCGGAAGAGAAGCUGCAGGCCAGCGUGAGGUGCUUGGCUAUGCACGGUCGCUUCCUGGAAAUUGGCAAAUUCGACCUUUCUCAGAACCACCCACUUGGCAUGGCCAUCUUCCUAAAGAACGUGACAUUCCACGGGAUCCUGCUGGAUGCGUUCUUCAACGAGAGCAGUGCUGACUGGCGGAAGGUGUCGGCGCUUGCGCAGGCCGGUAUCCGGGAUGGGGUGGUCCGGCCCCUCAAGUGCACGGUGUUCCCCGGGGCCCAGGUGGAGGACGCCUUCUGCUACAUGGCCCAAGGGAAGCACAUUGGCAAAGUCGUCGUGCAGGUGCUUGCGGAGGAGCCGGAGGCAGUGCUGAAGGGGGCCAAACCCAAGCUGAUGUCGGCCAUCUCCAAGACCUUCUGCCCGGCCCACAAGAGCUACAUCAUCACUGGUGGUCUGGGUGGCUGCCUGGAGUUGGCGCAGUGGCUGAUACAGCGCGGGGUGCAGAAGCUCGUGUUGACCUCUCGCUCCGGGAUCCAGACAGGCUACCAGGCCAAGCAGGUCCGCCGGUGGAGGCACCAGGACGUACAGGUUCAGGUGUCCACCAGCAACAUCAGCUCAUUGGAGGGGGCCCAGGGCCUCAUUGCCGAGGCGGCGCAGCUUGGGCCCGUGGGUGGCGUCUUCAACCUGGCUGUGGUCUUGAGAGACGCCAUGCUGGAGAACCAGAUCCCAGAGUUCUUCCAGGACGUCUGCAAGCCCAAGUACAGAGGCACCCUGAACCUGGACAGGGUGACCCGAGAGGCGUGCCCAGAGCUGGACUACUUUGUGGUCUUCUCUGUGAGCUCCGGACGCGGCAAUGCGGGACAGCGCAACUACGGCUUUGCCAAUUCCGCCAUGGAGCGCAUCUGUGAGAAACGCCCGCACAAAGGCCUCCCAGGCCUGGCCGUGCAGUGGGGCGCCAUCGGCGACGUGGGCCUUUUGGCGGAGACGAUGAGCAUCAACGACACGGUCAUCAGUGGCACGCUGCCCCAGCGCAUGGCCUCCUGCCUGGAGGUGCUGGACCUCCUCCUGAACCAGCCCCACAUGGGCCUGAGCAGCUUCAUGCUGGCUGAGAAGGCUGCGGCCUACGGGGACAGGGACAGCCAGCAGGACCUGGUGGAGGCCGUGGCACACAUCCUGGGCAUCCGCGACUUGGCUGCUGUCAACCUGGACAGCUCACUGGCGGACCUGGGCCUGGACUCGCUCAUGAGCGUGGAGGUGCAUCAGACGCUGGAGCGUGAGCUCAACCUGGCGUCCGUGCGCGAGGUGCGGCAGCUCACGCUCCGGAAACUGCAGGAGCUGUCCUCAAAGGCGGAUGCAGCCAACGAGCUGGCAUCCCCCACGCCCAAGGAGGAUGGUCUGGCCCAGCAGCAGACUCAGCUGAACCUGCGCUCCCUGCUGGUGAACCCGGAGGGCCCCACCCUGAUGCGGCUCAACUCGGUUCAGAGCUCGGAGCGGCCCCUGUUCCUGGUGCACCCAAUCGAGGGCUCCACCACCGUGUUCCACAGCCUGGCCUCCCAGCUCAGCAUCCCCACCUAUGGCCUGCAGUGUACCCGAGCUGCGCCCCUCGACAGCAUCCACAGCCUGGCUGCCUACUACAUCGACUGCAUCAGGCAGGUGCAGCCCGAGGGCCCCUACGGCGUGGCCGGCUACUCCUAUGGGGCCUGCGUGGCCUUUGAAAUGUGCUUCCAGCUGCAGGCCCAGCAGAGCCCGGCCCCCACCCACAACAGCCUCUUCCUGUUCGACGGCUCGCCCACCUACGUACUGGCCUACACCCAGAGCUACAGGGUGAAGCUGACCCCAGGCUGUGAGGCUGAGGCCGAGACGGAGGCCAUAUGCUUCUUCGUGCAGCAGUUCACGGACAUGGAGCACAACACGGUGCUGGAGGCGCUGCUGCCGCUGAAGGGCCUGGAGGAGAGUGUGGCAGCCGCCGUGGACCUGAUCAUCAAGAGCCACCAGGGCCUGGACCGCCAGGAGCUGAGCUUCGCGGCCCUGUCCUUCUACUACAAGCUGCGUGCUGCUGAGCAGUACACACCCAAGGCCAAGUACCAUGGCAACGUGAUGCUACUGCGCGCCAAGAUGGGUGGCGCCUACGGCGAGGACCUGGGCGCGGACUACAACCUCUCCCAGGUAUGCGAUGGGAAAGUAUCUGUCCACGUCAUAGGCGACCACUGCACGCUGCUGGAGGGCAGCGGCCUGGAGUCCAUCGUCAGCAUCAUCCACAGCUCCCUGGCUGAGCCACGCGUGAGCGCGCGGGAGGGCUAGGCCCGUGCCCCCGCCUGCCACCGGAGGCCACUCCACCAUCCCCACCCCACCCCACCC